UGCCGCCGUUGCGCUGUGGUCUGCUCAGGCUCCCGCGGUGUGGGGCAGCGCUGGCCCCAGCCGUCCGGUCCUCAGCCGCCAUUACCUGCUCACCGCGCUUCCUUGUGCACACAGCCGCAGAACGAGUACAUCGAGCUGCACCGUAAGCGCUACGGGUACCGCCUGGACUACCACGAGAGGAGGAGAAGGAAGGCCAAGAUGAUGAUCGGGCUGAAAGCCAAGCUCUACCACAAGCAGCGGCAUGCUGAGAAGAUUCAGAUGAAGAAGACCAUUAAAAUGCAUGAAGAGAGAAAUACAAAGGAAAAGAAUGAUGAAAAAACACCUAAAGGAGCUGUACCAGCAUACCUGCUGGACAGAGAGGGCCAGUCCUGGGCUAAGGUUCUAACAUUAUUAAACAGAAAAGAAAAAGCUGGGAAAUGGGAGGUUUCCGUGCCAAAGGUCCAUGCACAAGGAGAAACAGAAGUUUUAAAAGUGAUUCGUACAGGAAAGAGAAAGGAGGAGGCCUGGAAGAGAACGGUUACAAAAGUUUGUUUUAUCGGAGAUGGCUUUACUAGGAAGCCUCCUAAAUACAAAUGAUUCAUUCAACCAAUGGGCUUACGUUUCAAGAAGGCACGCAUGACACAUCCUGAAUUUAAAGCUACUUUUUGCCUACCUAUCCUGAAAAAGAAUCCUUCUUUUCCUUUGUAUACAACACUGGGUGUAAUUACCAAAGGUACCAUCAUCGAGGUGAACAUGAGUGAGCUUGGCCUUGCGACAGAAGGGGGCAAAGUUAUCUGGGGGAAAUAUGCACAAGUAACAAACAGUCCAGAAAAUUAUGGCUGUAUUAAUGCAGUUCUACUUGUCUAAGUUGUGUUUGAUACUAAGCAUUAGACAUGGGCUCCUGCAAAAUCAGUGCAGUUUCAACAAGUUUGCAAGAUCUCUGGAACCUUCAACCAUUCAAGAACAUUGACCUGACCCCACAAGCUGGUGAGGAACUUAAACGUGCCAGAAACUGACUGCUCAGAUUUUUAUAUUUAUUAUGUUUGCUCAGCUGAACACUGUCCAAAUGAAGUGAUUCAAUUUUCAUGUUUUGCUAAUGUGGUAUGGAUUUGAUCUAAACAUUCUUGGUGUUUUUACAGUAAAUAUAUUGUAUAAAUACUUAUUCAGCUCACAUUCCUAGCGAUGGGAAAUACAGCCGCUGUCUCCCAUGAUGGCCUACUGUAAUAGCUAAAGGUACAGAGGAACAAAUUAACUUGCAUUCUGCUUCUGGGAAAGCAAGAGAAUUGGAAGAAUGCAGCUAUAAUCUUACUGCAGACUUGUAUCAGAAAUUAAACACUCAGUUUAGUACUUGCCCCUACAGAAACACAGGCUUAAGAUCAUAUCAGCAGUGUGGGGGUGCAGUGGGGAAGGUAACUAGAAGAGCAGCUAUUUCUUUUUUCCUGUUACCUCCUUUCUCCCCUUUGCCUCUGUGACUGCAUUAAUGGAAAGAAUAAGGGCUGGGGGGUGUGGCAUUGUGGUUCCAGGCAAGAGAAGAAGUUUCAGAAGUUUAAGUUUAUGAAGUUGUAGGGGUUUUACAAUGUGAAAUUUGAGAAUGGCAUCACAACUGUGAUACCUACAACUACUUGUAGCUAUCUUGGUUGCUUUAAGAAACAUUCAAGAAAAACUAAAGUCCCAAGCAUCAAGUGAUCAAUGUAUAUUUAGCUUACAUCCUCAAAAUACAAGAAACAAAAGCUGCUUCUAAACUGGAAGUUUUCAGUGAUGCUGUAUAAUAACUGCAUCAGUAAUCUUCUAGUUGAGAAUUUGGUGGUAACAAACUUAGCACAAUCUACCACUA